AUCGCCAUUUUCCUUUCAAAAAAGUGACAUUGGUGACAGUUGAGUGCAAAAGUGCUUUAAAAAUGCCGGUCAGGGUGGAUAUUACGCCUCCCCCACCGGCCAAUUCCAAGCAGCCGGGGGUGACAAAGUCCCUGUUGUACAACGGUUCCAAAUUCCAAGGUUUCCAGAAGUCGAAAGGCAAUUCAUACGAAGUGGAAGUGGUUUUACAGCACGUUGACGAGGAAAAUUCAUAUUUGUGCGGGUAUUUGCAAAUAAAUGGGCUCACGGACGAGUACCCCACGUUGACUACGUUCUUCGACGGCGAGAUUAUCAGCCAAAAGUACCCGUUUUUGACCAGGAAGUGGGACGCGGACGAAGACGUGGAUAAAAAACACUGGAGCAAAUUUUCGUCGUUUUCUCAAUACGCGAAAACCUUUAAUUCGGAUAAUUUUGAUUAUAAAGCGCUCGGAGACACUGAUUAUGUUUUUAUGAGAUGGAAGGAACACUUUCUUGUCCCUGAUCACACGAUUAAAGACAUAAGUGGGGCUUCAUUUGCCGGGUUUUACUACAUUUGUUUUCAAAAAUCUAAAGCCACGAUUGAAGGUUACUAUUAUCACAGAAGCAGUGAAUGGUUUCAGUCUUUAAAUUUAACACACGUGCCUGAAAAUAGUAUACAAAUUUAUGAAUUUAGGUGAAUUGGUUGACUCAAGCCGGCUUAUUUCAUACUGCAUGCCCUCUCGUUCUCUCUAGCAAAAGAUUUUUGUUUUACAGUAUUUUUCAAAUGGAGAUAAGUGUACUAGUGAGCAGUAUUUAUUCAUUGUUUUUUGUGUACAUAAUUAAUGGGUAGCUUGGUUUUAAUUAAUUAAUUUUUAAGAACUGAAAAUGACUGGGUAAUUGUACGUUUUGAUUUCACUUUUGGUUUGUAUAAAAUUUUUGUUCAUUUAGCUUAAGUAGACUAAACAAGUCAUUAUUGUUAUGUAUAUUGUGUAUAAAUGUAUUAAAUAUAUUUUUUUGAAUUGUUUUUA